AUGUCGAGGCGCUCCAUCGAGCUCGUGAAGGACAACACGGGUCUCUUGUUGGUGGCGGCAUCCCAGUUUUUCUUUUCGCUCAUGAAUGUUGCGGUCAAGAAGCUGAAUAGUCUAGAUAAGCCGGUCCCUACCCUUGAGGUGAGGCAUUUACGCCUAGGUAUCACUUAUAUCUGUUGCGUACUCUACAUGUAUUUCAAAGCAGUUCCGGACCCAAUAUUUGGCCCCAAAGGCGUGCGAUUAUUGCUUGUGUUUCGGGGAUUUGUGGGAUUCUUCGGUCUUUUUGGCAUUUACUACUCUCUUCAGUACCUAUCACUGUCAGACGCGACCGUCUUGACCUUCCUGGCACCGCUUUUUACGGGGAUCGCAGGGUCUGUAUUCUUGAAGGAGCCAUUUUCGCUGAAAGAAGCACUAGCUGGAGUAUGCAGUUUCCUCGGUGUCUUAUUGAUUGCCAGACCCCGAUUUCUGUUCGGGACCAUGGCAGACCAUAUGCCCACCUACCCUUCCGAGAUUUCACCAGGAAGUGCUGUCCAGCUUGCCGGUGAUCCUUCAGAGAGAGGGACUCCGGAACAAAGAUUGAUCGCCGUUGGAGUCGCGUUGAUCGGGGUGUUGGGUGCUACUGGAGCUUACACAUCCAUCCGCGCCAUAGGCAAACGCGCACAUCCACUGCAUUCCCUGACAUCUUUCUCGUUCCAAUGUGUUGUCGUCUCAACAAUAGCCAUGAUCGCUCUGCGUACGCCCGCCGUGAUCCCGACACGUGUGGACUGGCUCGCAAUGCUGGUCAUGAUAGGAAUAUUCGGGUUCCUGGCGCAAGUACUGUUGACAAUGGGGCUGCAACGUGAGACGGCUGGUCGAGGUACCAUGGCUGUGUAUAUCCAAAUCAUCUUCGCCGUCACGCUGGAACGCAUAUUCUUCCACGUCAUCCCAUCUCUGCUCUCCAUCGCGGGCACGAUCGUCAUAUUGACUUCUGCUAUAUACGUUGCUGUGAGUCCCCCGUCCCCAACUGCACGAUGCCACAAUUGA